CUGUAAAUUGUUUUCAAUUUUUUUAUGGCAAAGAACGCUGACAAUGUCAGGCUACGAUGUCGAUGACUACGACGUCGCUACCAAAAAGUUGCUUAGCAACCACAAUGGCAAAACAUAAAUAUUGGAAGGUAACAAAUAAUAAACAGCCGAAAUUUCUUUUAAUCAAUUGAAAAUCAACUUGCUACUACAUCUAUUUAACAUUUACUACAACUAUUAAAUAUUUUGGAAUGAUAUGUUGCGAAACGCCAAUACCGCCACCAUUCUCUGCGAAGAACAAUCAAAAUUUAUCCUGGAUCGAAUCAGUACCGUCGAGAAACACUUCAGUGAGCUCUGUGGAGCCUUUGCUGAGUUCACCCGCAAAGUGGCCCGCCUGAGAGAUAAAUCAGACGAAUUGGCGCACGCUACCCAGGAUUAUUCCUUAUCAGAAAAGUACAACAAAUCUCUCGCUACCGGACUGUCCAGCCUUUCGAAAGCAAUUACGCUCAUUGGUGAUUUCCAGGACCUCGAAGUAAAACGGCUCGAGAACCGCAUCGUUUCCGAACUGUCCCAGUACGAAGUGGUGUGCAAGCAAAGCAAGGAAAACGUGAAGGAUGCCAUCAUGGUGCGGGACAAGGAGCUGGCCAAACGGAAACAGUUGGAUCAAGCUAGGGCGCGCAAUGCUAGGGGCAAAAAAACGACCAAGGAUGCGGAAUUGAUCAAGUCCAACCUGGAGGUGACGAAGAGUUUGAAGGAAAUGGAAGAGAUUGCUGAAAAGUUCGAGAGGCAAAAGUUGGCCGGAGUGAAGGGCUUGCUGUUGGAUUUUGUGAUGAUAGAACUGAAGUUCCAUACCAAUGCGGUGGAGGUGCUGUCCGCAACAUAUCAGGACAUUUCCGACAUUGACGAGAACAAAGAUUAUCAGGGAGUACACAAAGAGAUCAGAAGACAAAACAGGCAAUUCAAAAAGUUUCUUCAACAAGAUGAGCUUUCCGAACGAUACUUCCUGCAACGCAUAAAAUCACAAUCGAUGGGAGCGUUAAGUUCGAUGUUUGCAGCCACUACCAGCAGUGGAAAUCGAAAGAACAAGAGCCUAAGUUCGACCUCCCUGAACUCCUCGCAAGAACAGGAUCCCACGCCGGAGGCAAACCAGCUUGAAACGGCAGAGCCUUCAUAUCUACUAGCAGCAAAGCGGAAGGGUCACCAUUACGGCUCUACUGUCGAUGCGGCUAGACGAUCGGUCGAAUCUUUGGAUUCUUUAAAACGAGAACUAUCGGAAGAUUCCAAAACAACCACUGAAGAUAGCGAUGAGGAGGAUAGCGACGAUGAUGAAACCGAUACUGCAACGGAUUUUGAGGAGCAUGCUGCCAGAAAAGAAACGACAAAAGCGGCUAAGGUUGAAUCUAAGUUUACCAUCAUUAAGCUUAAAGAUCGUAACAAUUAAUCACUUCCCUGUUGGGCACUCAUUUGUGUCGGUACCAUCACCAGAGGUGCGCACCCCAGUAAUAAUUUCGUUCAAACAUAUUUUUUUCUCACAAGUUGGCUAGGACUUUUAAAAUGCGCAUUUCCUAAUACAAUGCAAUGAUGAUGUAUAAAGCUCAGUACAUUUCAUCAGUAGUAAAAAAACUAGAUUGGUUUUAAAAUUCGCUCUAAUUAAGCAAGAAAAAGUACAUAUUAUAUAUGUUAUGAAAGUAAUCCAAGGUAUAAGAAUUUGUUGUUAAUAUCGGGUAAACGCGUAAAAAAAUCUAAACUAUUGUGCGGAACUCAUGUGUCACCAAUCCACCUCCAUUUACGCUCUUGAAUUUCUGUUGCUAUCAGUUUUUGAGAGCAUCGUCGAUGGAGCUCAGCAUUCGAGAUCCAGUUGCGAGGCCAACAGGCCCGCAGGCAUCUGCUGAUGCACACCAAGUAUCACUGACAUACAACACAUAUUUCAGAGUUGAAUAUUAGAAUUUUGGUUCGUUAAUCAAUCUAAUUGAAUCCCCAGAUAUCUCGUAACUCGUAAGUGUAAGCUUGUAAAAGCAGCUUUAGCCUUCUUGAUACGUGCUUCUAUGUCGAUCUUAGUUCCGCCGUCUGACGCUGAUGUUUGCUCAGCUAACGUAAAGUUGGGAGGGAUUGUUCGAGUUGACAUCCAACAAUUUGAGCUUGCUUACGUUGAGGGUGAGACCCGUCUGCAUAUCAUCAUCAGCCAAAUUGAAGUCGUUCUGAUGCUCCAUAGUAAAGGCUGCCAGAAGAACCCAUAGUUUGGUACACGAUUGAUCGCAUCCGCAUUGUUUUAUACAGCUGCCCCACAUAAAUGCUGCGCCUAUUUUUUAGGGCUAGGAUGGGUCGGAAUGUUCCAACGCUGUUCUUCUUUUUGACCAAUACAGUGAGCGGCGUCACAAAUCUGGAUGGGAAUCGUCCGGCUAAUGAUUCCUACAUAACCAGGUUGAGAUCACAAUGGAUUAUGCCGAAAGUAUGAUGGUAUAAUUCCCUCGGAAUCCCGCCGGGCCUGAUGAAGAUUUCUUGGCACGCUCGUUUGGAUAGAGGGGAGAUUUUUGUUCUAGUGAUUUUUUCUUCCAUACAUGCUUCGAUGAUUUCGUUAUCGUUCUGCAUUUCGCCACCGGCAGCAGAAUUCCUCAAUGUUUAUUGUUAGGCGGUGGAGCGGCAGUGAUCAAAAGACUCUUUCUGGUGCUCUUUCAAAAUUUGGGAAACAGACUCGCAUGGUGAGACAUGAUCAACCAUUGACCGAUCCACUGCGUGUUACAGAUCACAUUGUCGCAUACAUAUUGUCGCACGGCAGAGAAAGCUGCUCGUUUUCAAUCUCCUGGAGGAAAAGAAUAUCGGUUUCAAACGUGCGUAUAACCAUACGCAGAGCAUCCAAUUUAGUUGUGUUGGUUAUGUUGUUGAUAUUGAUCGUGGCGAUGUUGUCGCUUGCGAUAUCCAAUAGUGUGUUGAAACUUGAUGCAGCGAUGCUCCUUCGUCGUUGUGCGCUAUUUCGAUUGAGCUUCUGUUGGUGAUAGGGUAGGACGGGACAAAAUGAGCACCCUAAAGAUGAUGCUUAAUACCUUCUUAGCAAGCAUGGUUUUCUAUAUUACGAUUAAAAGGACAGACUUUUUUUGUUGCAUAUUAUCUAACAUCUAGAUUACUACUGCUACUACGCGAAUUUAAAAAAAGAACGAUUAUCCCGAUAAAUGUGACUUUACUAAAACUCUGUUUUUGACUGUAAUUGUAAUUUAAUUGUAAUUGUAAUUAAGGAAG